AUGAAUUGUUACUUGUUGUUUAUGAUUACUUUUCUCAUCUUUCUAUUUUCUUGUGUUUCAGCAAGUAUUCCUUUAUUAUUGGUUGAUGGAAAAUGGACAAUUAGUGGAAUGAAAGUUCAAAAAGAAACAGGAAAUACAAUUCAUCGUUUUGAACCAAUGGAUAUUAUUGCUGUUUCAAAUGAAAAUCGAAUGAACAUUACAAAUGAAAAUACUUCUUCAAAAUAUUAUUUAUUUGCUAUUAACUCUACUUCCUUUUUAUUUGAAAGUGAUGGUCCUUCAUUUGACUCAAAGUAUCUUGAAUAUCCCUUUAUUUUUUCUAUAUUGCCUUAUAACAAUAUUUUUUUCUCUUCUUUUCAAGGCUGGAAUCAUACUUGGAUUGAUAUUGUAUUAACUAAUCAAGCAACAACAAUUACUUUAUCUGCAUAUACAAAUACAUCAAUUACUUUAUUAGUUGCAACAAAAAAUAUAGAUGAUGAACGUUCAUUCUUUAAAAGAUAUUAUUUGUUGUUUUUAGUGUCAUUUUAUCUUCUUGCAUUUAUUAUUCCUAAUUAUUUAGCCUCUUCAUGUAAAAAAUAA